CAGAAGCCAGGCGCCUAUAGUGGCAAUCCUGGAGAAAAACUGAAGCAGCUGCGGCCAUGUAAUUUAAAACCUUAGCAGAGUGUGCUCCGCUCUCUGCACAGCGUUAGUGCAACAUGAGGGCUGCACGCAGCUGGCUCUCCGGAGGACGACCUCGCCCACCACUGGGCAGAGAGCACUGAGACUGGGAAGCAAACCUGGGUGCAGCCGGAAAGGUCCAGAUAGAUGAGCUUGUGGCAUCCAUUCCCCAAGUUCAGGACUGCAUACAUACACCGCAGCUGUCCUACUGUUCCUGACCAGUGUUUGUGAAGGCUACCCAAACUUAGAUUUCAAAGAAAUUCUCUCUCACUCCACCUGCCUUGCGGCCAGUUGGACGUCAGAAUGCGCAUAGUGGCCAUCCUGAUUCUGUUCUGCCUUUGCGGAGUUGCUGAGCCUCACAAGGCCAGCCCAGGGGUUUUGAGAAGCCAAGCCAAUCCCAGCUAUGACCGCAGCAGCCGCAGCAGCCGCAGCCGCAGCCGGCCGGGGGGCGGGAAGAGAGGCUCCAGCCCAGUCAAACGCUACGCCCCAGGCCUCCCCUGCGAUGUGUACACGUACAUCCAUGAGAAAUAUCUAGACUGCCAAGAAAGGAAACUCGUGUAUGUGUUGCCCGACUGGCCUCAAGAUUUGCUGCACAUGCUGCUAGCGAGAAACAAAAUCCGCGUGCUGAAGAACAACGCGUUUUCUAAGUUUAAAAGGCUGAAGAGCCUGGACCUGCAGCAGAACGAGAUCUCCAAAAUCGAGAGCGAGGCGUUCUUUGGUUUGAACAAACUUACCACGCUCCUGCUGCAGCACAACCAGCUCAAGGUGCUGACGGAGGAGGUGUUCAUUUACACACCCCUCCUGAGCUACCUGCGUCUUUACGACAACCCCUGGCACUGUACCUGUGACUUAGAAACACUCGUUUCAAUGCUGCAGAUUCCCCGGAACCGGAACUUGGGGAACUAUGCCAAGUGCGGAAGCCCACCCGCACUGCGAAAUAAAAAGCUGCUGGAGCUGAGCCCUGCAGAGUUAUGUGAUGACGAGGGAGAGGAGCAACUGGACCCCAGACCCCAAGUCUCAGGGAGACCUCCGGUCAUCAGGCCCGAAGCCGACUCCACUCUGUGCCACAAUUACGUGUUUCCCAUACAAACCCUGGACUGCAAGCGGAAAGAGUUGAGGAAAGUUCCAACCAACAUCCCUCCAGACAUUGUUAAGCUUGACUUGUCAUACAACAAAAUCACCCAGCUCCGACCCAAGGAAUUUGAAGAUGUUCACGAACUCAAGAAGCUAAACCUGAGUAGCAAUGGCAUUGAAUUCAUAGACCCUGCCGCCUUUUUGGGGCUCACACAUCUCGAAGAGCUUGAUUUGUCCAACAACAGCCUGCAGAACUUCGACUAUGGAGUGUUAGAGGAUUUGUACUUUCUGAAACUCCUGUGGCUCAGAGACAACCCUUGGAGGUGUGACUACAGCAUCCACUAUCUGUACUACUGGCUAAAGCACCACUACAAUGUCCACUAUACUGGUCUGGAAUGCAAAACGCCGGAAGAAUACAAAGGGUGGUCUGUGGGGAAGUACGUACGCAGUUACUAUGAAGAAUGCCCCAAAGACAAGUUGCCAGCCUACCCUGAGAUGUUUGACCAGGACGCAGAAGAGGAUGACUGGGAAAAAAUACACAGAGAUCACACAGCAAAGAAGCAUAGAGUGAGAAUCACCAUAGUGGGGUAGAUAACACGGGACCAUUCUAGAUAGAGCUAGCUGCA